AUGUUGCAGCGCAUCUCGACCAAGACGCCCGCGGCCUCGCUCCGCUCGCUCGUCGCGCCCGCCAGCGCGGCCCGCCCGUUCUCGUCGGCGGCGGAAUCCAAGGACGACUUGACCGAGUCGCUGCAGUCGCUUCAGAAGGAGACCGCGGCCAAGACGGUGCCGUGGUUCCUCGAGAACAUGCCGGCGGCCUACUUCCGCGCCAUCACCAAGGAAGACCGCCUGCACCACUUGAACGCGAUCACGUCGCUCGUGAACGCGCAGCAGCCCGAGAUCCUCUUGAGCUCGCCGGACAAGAAGGUCUACUCGUACAUCCGCACGGGCGAGCAGUACCCGGGCAUGCUCUCCAAGAUCAUUGAGCAGCUCCCGAACGACCCGUCGAUCGGCCAAUUGGCGCGCGUCAAGAUCUUUUCGUCGCUCGACGACACGUUGGCGCUCGACGUGUUCCGCUUUGGUCGCCAGGAGCCGUUCCGCAACGCGACGCCGGAGGAGAAGGCGGCGCUCUC